GUGCGUGCGUGCGUGUGUGCGUGCGUUAGGAGGGUGAGUGUCACGGCCCCGUGCAGACGGGGGGUUGGGUAGCAGUGCCGAUUGGUUGCUGCUCACCAUCACAGUCGGUCCGGGCUUGUUUUAACAUAACCAGGGGGCACUUCGACAGCAGGCAACCCCCCCCUCGCCCCCCAUGUAGUAAAUAAGCUGCUGUGGCUGUUGAGGUUCUGGCACACUGGAUUUCCGCUGGUGUUGUGGCGUAUUGGAGAAUUACUUUUUUAUUUUUUGUAUUUAAGGUGACAGUUUUUUUUUUCAAUGGGGCCGCGGCCGAUCGGGCAGAUGACGCGCAGGGAAUGAGAGCCGUGCCUCGGCCUACCGCCGCCGCGGCCGCUCUCACAAACCGAGAGAAAUACCCGCCGUGCGCCACAUUAUCAAACAUCCGCCGGCGGUUUCACGUUAACCGACCUCCAAAUGCUUGUUUGUGCGAGCCACUCACUGUGCUCCUGUGAUGGUUCGGUGUCACCACCUCUACCGCCUGUGCGCUCCUCCAUUGACUGCUCCACUCGGCGAUCGCCAUGACCCGCAGCCGUCAGACAAAGCGGAUAGAGCCAUGACAGCAUGAACCAGUCCUACAGGCCGGCUGUUAGGGUGGGCUCGGUGUUUGGCUCAGGCCAGCCAGAGCCGAGGCCCCGCAAUGGUCCUGUCGGCACUUCCUAUGGGAACCAAUGUGGCGUUGUGAGACGUGGCUCGGACCAACCGUCGUCGGCUGUGCAACUGCCGUCCUCCGGCCUCAAGCAGCCAGCAGCACUCGGGUACAAUCGGGCCGACCGAUCCCACUGCUACAGCCCCCUGAAGAGGCUGCAGGACCUGACCUCCGUGGUCAACAGGUCCGACCUAGAGAGGGACCCUAACCAUAGGAACCACUUGCGCUGUGCCAGCCCCAUCAGUGACGAUGAGGAGUUUGAGGCGCCGUCAGUCCGGCUGCCUCCUUCUCCGGGCAACGAUGGCGUGGAGCCCUUUGACACUCUGCAGGACGUGAACAGAAACGACUUCUCCUCUAACAGUCCCGACAGCAUGGAGCGCUGUUCGCCCCUCCCCAAUGGCUACCUGCAUUUCGAAUCCACGCUGUUUGACAGUAGUGACAUUAAAGAAGAGGGGGGGGACAGUAGCAGCGAGGACAUGGCAUCUUUUCAACACUCCGAUCGAACUGUGACUGACAGUAACACCACAAGCAGCUCAGGUGUGGAUAAAAGAACAUACAAACCUACUGUAUUUAACCUGAUGUCCAAAACUAUAUCUGAACUCAACCCCACACUAAGCCCCAGCGCACUGCCAGAGAUCACUAUGAGAGACGGGUGGAGCUUCGGCGAGGAAUCGGACAGUGACGGGGAACUUGGAUCUCCUGUUGACCCUGGACUUAUUUCACCAGCCGGCACCAACUCGAAUUCCAAUAGCCCAAAGAAAAAGCCUCUUCCUGCAGUGAAAUACAUGGAUGGGGACUUUGUGUGGGCUAAAUUCAACAGACGGCCCUGGUGGCCCUGCGUCAUCCAUUGUGACCCCGGCCAGGGGAUCUACACCAAGAUGAAAGUUCCCCAUCCCCGUCCUUGUCGGAUGUAUUUCCUGCAAACCAUUGGGGAGAUUUCAGAAUCUGCCUGGGUCCCUGGAAAUGCCAUUCUUCCUUUUGAGGGAGGCCAUCAGUUUCAAGACCUACCUGUGCUUAGACGUAGAGGGAAGCAGAAGGAGAAAGACUACAAGUACACGAUACCCAAAAGUUUGAUGACAGCCUGGAAAGUCAGUGUGGAAGAAGCUGAGGGUCUGCUCCCGGGUCGGAGACAGAAUACUGAGAGCCUGCUUUCAGUAUCUGACAAUGGAGAGGAGCGUGUUCCCAGCCCACGCCCCACUGCAAGGCCACAGGACGCCCCCUCUGUCUCUGUGGAUACUCAUCGACCCCCGUCACCCAAUGUGGCCCCCAAUGGAAACAAGCACGAUCUCAUCAAAAACCCUCCUUCAGUUCAAUACAACAAGAGCAAAGCCUGUAAGAAGAAAAAGAAAUGUUUGUCAGACAUAUUUGGUCAUAUAGUUGGUGGAUCCAAGGAGUCAUCUACCAUCACAAACGUGGUGGAACGCAUUCCCACAACGACUUGUACACUGAAAGACGAGCCAAAAGACUCUCCUUACGCAGACCUGGAUUCAGUUCCAAUACUGCAUCGUCCUAAACGCACAUUGUUGCCUCCAAAACGCAAAAUAGACCGAUUGACCAGAAAAGAAAAGGGUUCAACAAAAACUAAAACGAAGUAUCCAGAGAAAGUGAACCAUUCUACAGAUCCCUGUGACUCAUUUAGCAUUUUAACAAAAGGGUUGUCGUCUAAAGAGACGCUGUCUGAACAGAGUUUGGGCAGCUGUCACGAAUUGACGUACAGUUCGACUGAAAAGCACUCCAUGAGUCUCCCUGCCAGCAGUGGUCUCAUGACGAGAGCUCUGAGAGCAGAGGAGGAGACGGAUCUCAAAGAUGCACUGGCCACAAGCCAACUCUCCACCGAAGCCUCAUCUGAUGCGCCCGUAAAAAACGAAAUUUCUCCUAACUCUGAAUCACCCUGCAAUGCUUCGACCUCUAGAAAUCACAGCUCUCCAAAAAGGCGUGCUCGGAAGCCUGAUAAGAAACACAUUCGUAACGGCUCAUUGAUAAAGUCAAUGUCCGUGGACUCGGGUUUACCCACUGUGCAACCGGUCAAGGUCAAGACCGAAAAGCCAGAUCUGUCCUCUUGGACUUCGCCGUCCUCAUCUCCGCCACCAACGAAUGCUUUCCAGGAUGUCAAGGAACUGAUGUUUAAAUCUCUUGUCAAGGAGGACAACAGCGACUCUGAGCAAACAGCAUUUCGUCCGGAUUCCAAUUAUAAAUUCAGCACCUUCCUGAUGCUCCUGAAGGACAUUCACGAUACCAGAGAACAAGAAGGCAAACCCCUGGCUGUACCGCCGUCGCCUGCCCUGAUCAAGGAGGAACCCCAAAUGAUCCCAACGUCUACGGGAGGAGACCUGAACGGUCCCUGUGGCGGUUUUAUCAAAACAGAGAAUGGGAGGUCAAGGAAAUCCACAACACCCAAAAACGCCACGGUGAGAGGCAAGAAUAGGACUAAAGGUAUCAUGGCGGCUGACACCUACCACUGUGAAGUCUUUCCUCACCGCUCUAAGACUGGGAACCCGGACAAGCAGCGCAGAAAGCAAAGGCUACCCGGCAAACUAAAUCUGGGCAUUCCUGGGCUUUCUUCAGACCUGGCCGACCUGGCUUACGGCAGGGAGUUUGUCAGUGGCCACGCCGACCUCGCUGGUCCCGGGUCUUGCACUGCCGCCGCUGCCGAUCCCUCGGCCAGCUACCUCGUUAAGAACUCAGGAUCUGCAGUGGCUCCAAAGAAGCGCUGGCAGAUGUUGGAGGGGGCCGCUGAGAACAAGGCCGGUGUCAUGAGCCAGGCGUCCGCUGAGACGCACGGGUCUUACAACAUGAGAGCGUCCCCAGAUCUGGAUCUGGGAGUCGAGAAGCAGACAGAGAAUGACUCCCUCUUCUCCGAGAUGAGCAGCACAGCCGGACAUUCGGAGAACAAGCGUCUCCGUAAACCAACUAAAAGGCUUCUGGAGUCCAUCGAGGAGUACGAACAAAUUUUUGUCCCAAAAAAGAAAUCAAAGAAACACACCUCAGAAUCUUCCAAAAUGACAUCAGGGAUGAUGGCGCUCCACGAUCUCAGCACCACAACUGAAAGAAUUACCUCAGCCUCGUCUUCUGUUGGGCCAAUCGAGGCUUCGGCAGAGCUGGAACAGAGUCCGUCUCAGGAUGAGCUUUCUCCUGUAGCAUUCCCGUUAUCUCCAGCUCCAAAACAACCCUCCAUUGAUGCAGGGACAGCAGAAGAAACUGAUCUACCUCCUGAUUCUGAUACAGGGUUAUUGGUCCCAGACAGAAAGAGGCCAAGAAAACUGUCUCACAAGGUGCUGGAAUGUACCAUAGAAGAAGUGUCUGUUGCUCAUUCAAAGAAGAAGGAGCCAAAGCAACAAGAAAACUUGGUCAAGAAAACUCAGGAGAAGCCUGCCCCCACUGAAUCCUCUGCUCCGGCUGCCCCCCAGCAAUCAGAAAGCAAAGAACUCCCCUCGGUCCUCCCUCCAAACAGGCCUCCCAGCCCUCAGGGAACGAAGACGCCCCGGCAGGAGGCCGAGGAAGGAGCCUGCAGCACUAAGGAAAAACCACACGCACACACUGCAACGCUUACUCCCAAACCCGAGGUGCUGCGCUCUGUUAGCUUGAACGACAGUCUCUCUUCUCAGGUGGAUGUAAGGGGGAAAAUAGGAGCUACAUCCUUAAAGGAGAAUGUCUGUCAGGUGUGUGAGCGGACGGGUGACCUGCUGGUGUGUGAAGGCCACUGUUAUGGAGCUUUUCACCCGCAGUGCAUUGGCCUGUCAGCGGCUCCCAAGGGGAAAUUCCUCUGUGGCGAAUGCGACGCGGGUGUACACACGUGCUUUGUGUGCAAGACGUCCGGCAGUGGGGUGAAGCGCUGCAUCAUACCGCUGUGUGGGAAGUUCUACCACAACGACUGUAUAUUGGCGUACUCCGCCACACAGCCGCACAACAAAGGCUCCCGCUGCCCUCUGCAUGUGUGUCUGUCCUGCCACAUCACCAACCCUCUCAACAUCUGUAGCACUAAAGGUCGGUUGGCUCGAUGCGUUCGCUGCCCCGUGGCCUAUCACGCCAAUGACAACUGUAUGGCAGCAGGCAGCCUGGUGCUGGCUAACAAUAGCUUCCUCUGUCCAAACCAUUUUACUCCCCGCAAGGGCUGCAAGAACCACGAACACAUCAACGUUAGCUGGUGCUUUGUGUGCUCUGAGGGGGGCAGCCUGCUGUGCUGUGAGGCCUGUCCUGCUGCUUUCCAUCAGGAAUGUUUGAACAUCGAGAUGCCGCAGGGCAGCUGGUUCUGCAAUGACUGCAAAGCUGGAAAGAGGCCUCGUAUUAAGGACAUACUCUGGGUUAAAUGGGGGCGUUACAGGUGGUGGCCUGCAGAAGUUUGUCUUACCAGAGAUGUCCCUGACAACAUCUUGAGGAUGAAACAUGAGGUGGGAGAGUUUCCUGUGCAAUUCUUUGGAUCCAAAGAUUUCGUGUGGACGUACCAAGCCAGAGUCUUCCCCUACAUGGAGGGUGACACCCACAACAUAGAGAAAAUGGGAAAGGGAGCGGAUGCGAUUUACAAAAAUGCCUUGACUGACGCAGCAGAGCGGUUCAGAGAGCUAAAGGCCGAGAAGGAGAUGAAGCAGCUUCAGGAGGACAGAAAGAACGACAAGAAGCCUCCUCCUUACAAGCACAUCAAGGUCAACCGGCCAAUUGGUAAGGUGCAGAUCUUUACCGCCGACCUGUCGGAGAUCCCGCGCUGCAACUGUAAGGCGUCUGACGAGAACCCGUGCGGCAUCGACUCGGAGUGCAUCAACCGGAUGCUGAUGUACGAGUGCCACCCUCAGGUGUGUGUGGCGGGGGAGCGGUGUCAGAACCAGGCCUUCACAAAGCGCCAGUACACACCUGUGGAAAUCUUCCGAACGCUGUCCCGGGGCUGGGGUUUGGUCGGUGUGUCGGACAUCAAGAAGGGAGCCUUCGUGAGCGAAUAUGUGGGCGAGGUGAUCGAUGAAGAAGAAUGCCGAGCCAGGAUCCGACACGCCCAGGAGAACGACAUCUCUAACUUCUACAUGCUUACGGUGGACAAGGACCGGAUCAUUGACGCCGGGCCCAAAGGGAACCAGGCUCGCUUCAUGAACCACUGCUGCCAGCCCAACUGUGAAACUCAGAAGUGGACUGUGAAUGGGGACACCAGAGUCGGGCUGUUUGCUCUACAAGACAUCCCAAAAGGUGUGGAGCUGAAUUUCAACUACAACCUGGAGUGUCUUGGCAAUGGCAAAACUGCUUGUAAAUGUGGGGCACCAAACUGCAGUGGUUUCCUGGGGGUCAGGCCAAAGAACCAGCCGUCAGCUGAGAAACUGAAGGAGGGUAAGAGGAAGGUCCCCAUGAAGAAGAAGACCAAGCAGGAAGUGACCAAGGAGAGGGAGGACGAGUGCUUCAGCUGCGGUGACGGGGGCCAGAUCGUGUCCUGUAAGAAGCCGGGUUGCCCGAAGGUCUAUCACGCUGACUGCCUCAACCUGGCCAAGAGGCCUGCAGGGCGAUGGGAGUGUCCAUGGCACCAGUGUGACGUCUGCGGUAAAGAGGCAGCUUCGUUCUGUGAGAUGUGUCCCAGCUCCUACUGUAAGGAGCAUAGGGAAGGCAUGCUCUUCAUCUCCAAACUGGACGGCAAGCUGUCCUGCAGUGAACACGACCCCUGUGGACCGGACCCACUGGAGCCGGGGGAGAUUCGUGAAUAUGUGCCCAGCACGACCUCCAUGAGGCCGGGGAACGUGGCCGCGCCUGUCGCUGACUCGCUGGGCCCAGACUCCAGAGAAGCCACUUCUGCUCCGACUUCUUCUUCCCCUGCCGGACAGGCGGCGUCGGCCGGGCAGGGGCCCCCGCCUCGUCUCUAUAUCAACACGAAGACCGCUACCUCCAGCUUCGUCCCCUCCAGCGGCCCUUACGGCACGGACAGGACUGAGGGGAAAGGGUGUUCCACUCCCGCCUCCUCCAGGGACGAAAGAGAGGACGGCGAGGUGGAGGACGGGGAGGUGUGCGGGUUAGAUAUGGAGGACUUGGAAGAUGACGAAGAAGAAGCAGAGGAGGCGGAGGAGGAGGAUGAUGACAUGGAGGGGAUGGAGAUCGUUGAAGAUGAGGAGGAGGAGCCGCUGUAUGGAGAUGAUCAGCUGCAGGAAGGCGAUCACAAAGGGGAGGACGGAGGAGGGGAUGUCUAUGACACUUGGGGUGAUUAUGCCGAUCAAGAUGCCGAUGAAGAUGCUGAUGAAGAUGCUGACGACGACGAUGACGACGACGACGACGAUGACGACGACGACGAUGACGACGAUGACGAUGAGGUUGAUGAUGCUGAUGAUGAUGGAGAGGUGGAAGGAGAAGAGUGGGGUAGAGUGGAGGAUGAUGACAAGUGACUCGGUCUCCCCUUUUCCUUAAUAACAACUCAGCAUUAAACUCUCCAUUCAGAUUUCAAGGACAAAAAAGUUGGGAAAAGGCCGAGAGAGUUUGAUAUUUUGGUACCUACUUGAAAGCAACAAUGCCUUCACUUUGGUACCGCGUUGCCUUCAGGUCCCCAGACUGCUGGACUGACAGUGGGGAUGUGUACUGGUGCUAGGUCUCAAGAACUGACUCAGUCCGUCUCUUUAUACUUAUGUCGAUAUGUUUGUGUCUGGUGCUGUUAUGUUCCAUUGUUUGUUUUUUUGACAUUGUUUACAUUUUUUGGCCUUUUUUUAAUGUUUGGAAUAUAAGAAAAGGGUGAGAAGUUUUACCUGACCAAACUGUCAUUAGGGCAUGUUAUGUUACUGUUACUGUCUUAACUUUGUAUAUCUAACUACAAGAGUGAUCAAAGUAGAGUUCUCACUGGUCCAUGUUGGAGUUUGGCACAACAAUGUCUGCUCGGUGCUUCUGAAGAAUGCAAAAAUAAACCCACUGGAGUCAUCAAGACUUUAGAUGAUUCUUCUCACUACAAAAACUGCAUUUUUAUCUUGUUUAUUUACAUUUUCUAUCAUCAGUUGGGGCAGUCAUCAGAGAAACACAGAAAAGUCAUGACAACUUCUAAAUUAGUCAAAAAUGUCUAACUCUUGUCUUCCAUCCGUCAGUUUGUUCCCAAUCAGAGUUAGAUCAAAGUACAGAUUCACUGUUCAGACUCAAGUCAAUAUAUCACAACACUGUAUUUUGGUUUUCUACUGUGACCUCGUGAGUGUAAAUGUUUGACAGAUAAGCCAAAUCAGCAGUUGGCAGAAAAUAAACAUAUUUUUACGUGUCUCCAA